AUGGUGCCCGAGCAAGUCCAGGGAACGGAAAGUGCAUUAUAUCGGAUGGGAACAAACCAAGGCAUCAGUCUCCACUGCAGCAACGACUCCGAAGACUCCUCCGGCUACGACAUCAAGGAAGAAGCUGAUUCCGAGGAGGGCGAGGUGUUGAAAGGAACCGACCCUGGACUCGGCAAGAAGCGCUGUCUCAAGACUAACGAACUUGACGGGACGACGCCCAAGAAGAUACGAUCACGUAAACAGCCCCAGACUUACGAAGACAUUCAGAACCAACGCAUAAUGGCGAACGUUCGCGAACGCCAGCGGACACAAUCACUUAAUGAAGCGUUCGCUCAGUUGAGGAAGAUUAUUCCAACCUUACCUUCCGAUAAAUUAAGUAAAAUACAGACUUUGAAAUUAGCAGCUAGGUAUAUAGACUUCUUGUAUCAGGUGCUGAGAUGUGAGGACAAUCCCGAUGGGAAGAUGUCGGCCAGUUGUACGUACGUAGCGCAUGAACGUUUGAGUUACGCUUUUUCCGUGUGGAGAAUGGAGGGAGCGUGGUCGAUGACAGAACACUGA